CAAUCGGAGCGACCCCGAGGGGCGGUGCUUACGGCCGCCCCAGGGUCUCGCGCGGCGCGGCUGGUGAGUUGGUAAACAUAGCCCGAGCGCGUGCUGAAUCCGCAGUGCUGAGCGGGAGGGAGACCGUGCGCGGGCUGGUGCGCGGCUGCAGGAGGCGGAGGCGGGCUGCCGACCCUAUCCCCAGUCCCAGCCUUAACAGAGACUCACCAUGUUGGGAGACGCCAUCAUGGUGAUCAAAGGCUUAGGGAAGCUGGUGCCAGCUGUUUUAGAGACCCACCACCAGUAUGUGGGCUUUGGUGGGGAGAUGAUCACAGCAGCCAGGGCCCUGCAGAGCACAGCCGAGGAGCAGUUUAGCACAGUUGUGGCAAAAAUGCAGGGUAUUAGUCAGGCUCAAGAGCGCCACCCGGACACCAGUGAUGACCCAGGCUCCGAAUUCCACUUCUCAGGGCCAGAGGCAGUGGGGCCUUCAGACUUUUCUGCCUCCACUCCUCCUCCUCCUCCGUUUCCUGGCCAAGUCCACAAAGAGGGCCCUGCUCCUGCCUAUACUUCAAGCGGACCUUUCAGGGAAGCUGGGGCUUUAGGCCAGCCCUUUGGUCCUGCCUCAGGGAAAAUCCAUGGGAAACUUUUUGGAGACUCUAGGGACCCAUUUGCUACCUCAGUCAUGCAGCGAAGGUUUUUCCAGCAGGACCAGUCUUCUGUGGGGGGCCUCACUGCCGAGGAUAUUGAGAAAGCCCGUCAGAGCAAGGCUCAGACUGGAAACAAGCCUCACAAACAGAUGUUAAGUGAGUGGGCACGGGAACGGAAGGUGCCAGUCACGAGGAUCGGGAGGCUGGCUAACUUUGGAGGUCUGGCUGUUGGUCUAGGCUUUGGGGCCCUGGCCGAAGUUGCCAAGAAGAGCCUCCGAUCUGAAAACAGCGCAGGAAAGAAGGCUGUCCUGGACUCUAGUCCUUUUCUUUCUGAGGCAAAUGCAGAGAGAAUCGUGAGCACCCUGUGUAAGGUGAGAGGAGCCGCCCUGAAGCUGGGCCAGAUGCUGAGCAUCCAGGAUGAUGCUUUCAUCAACCCCCAGCUGGCCAAGAUAUUUGAUCGUGUGAGACAAAGUGCAGACUUUAUGCCCUUGAAACAGAUGACGAAAACUCUGAACAGUGACCUUGGUCCUAAUUGGAGGGACAAACUGGAGUACUUUGAGGAGCGGCCCUUUGCUGCCGCUUCCAUUGGCCAGGUCCACCUGGCCCGAAUGAAGGAUGGGCGGGAGGUAGCCAUGAAGAUCCAGUACCCUGGAGUGGCCCAGAGCAUCAACAGUGAUGUUAACAAUCUAAUGGCCGUCCUCAGCAUGAGCAACAUACUCCCUGAAGGCCUAUUCCCAGAACACCUAAUUGAUGUGUUGAGACGGGAGCUGGCCCUUGAGUGUGACUACAAGAGAGAAGCUGACUGUGCCAGGAAGUUCAGGGAGCUGCUGAAGGAUCACCCAUUCUUCUGUGUGCCAGAGGUCAUAGAUGAACUUUGCAGUCCUCGUGUCCUGACCACAGAACUGGUGUCUGGCUUUCCUCUGGACCAGGCAGAAGGGCUGAGCCAGGAAAUUCGAAAUGAGAUUUGCUACAAUAUCCUGGUCCUGUGUCUAAGGGAGCUGUUUGAGUUUCACUUCAUGCAGACUGACCCCAACUGGUCUAACUUCUUUUAUGACCCCCAGCAGCACAAGGUGGCUCUCCUUGACUUUGGAGCAACCCGCGAGUUUGAUGAAUCAUUCACUGACCUUUACAUUCAGUUAAUCAGGGCUGCGGCUGAUCAGGAUCGAGAAACCGUGUUGAGGAAGUCUAUAGAGAUGAAGUUUCUCACCGGCUAUGAAGUGAAGGCCAUGGAAGAUGCCCACCUAGAUGCUAUCCUCAUCCUGGGGGAGGCCUUUGCCUCGGACUCACCGUUCAAUUUUGGGAGCCAGAACACCACUGAGAAGAUCCACGGUUUGAUUCCCAUCAUGCUGAAGCACCGUCUCAUCCCCCCGCCGGAGGAGACUUACUCCCUCCACCGAAAGAUGGGGGGCUCGUUCCUCAUUUGCUCCAAGCUGAAGGCUUGCUUCCCCUGUAAAGCAAUGUUUGAGGAAACCUACAGCAGCUAUUGCAAGAGGAAGGCUGAGAAGCAGUAAUUGCCCAUUGUCUUGUCUGAAGGCCCUCUUUUGUCUGGCAGAGAGCCAGGUAGCUUUGUCUGUCACCUCCCAAGAGCAUCUCAAGCAUUGGAAAACUGUCCUAGAAGCUACAAGUUCUAUCAGAGCAAGUGGGUGUUGGUACUGACCAAACCUAGAACCUUCUACUUACCAAUGAGAGGGAGGAAAUUGUGAAUGUGCCGAGGCAGGGGUGGGGUGGGGGUGGCUGCUGGGGGUCCUCCAUGGCCAGUGGUUCUGUAGUGACGGGGUGGGGUUGAGGAUGAGAAGAAAGAAAACUGAACCAUGACAGAUCUCUUGAAACCUACUCACUGUUGAUUCCUUCUAUGAAAUAGCUUUGGACAAAGAUGAAGGGGAAAAAAGACCUGAUUUUUGUUUUCCUUUUCUGUGUGUGUGUUUUAAAUUAGGGAUUUUCCUCCUGCGAAUGUUAAGAGAAGGGAAAGCAUCCAUUUCCCCUCUCUCCUUAAAUAAGUACAGAGAGAAAAAGCCUUUUAGGACUUCCCAGACCUUGUAGUGUAAGAUUUUGGGGAUAUAUGUGGGUGUAUACAAAAUGCUUUGAUGUUUCCUGCCUUUUUCCCUCUGGCUAGAGCUGGAGAGGAAGUUAACCUGUACAGAAUAGUGCCAAAAAAAGCUACUUAACUGAAUUACCUGCCUUCCGGCAAGCUGGUUCUCUUGGGAGUUUUUGACAACUGAAUGUAUAUCAGUGGACUUCUCACCAUCUGGUUCAGGGACUGUAAGAGGGGGAGAGAAAUCAAGGGCGGUGGUGGGGGGAGAAGAGAUCCCACCACUUGGCUGAUGUCCUCCCCUCCAACAGUGAAGUCUUUGCUGAAAGGAACGUGAGAGAAAAGGGCUGUGUUGCUACGUUGCAGCCAGAUGCACAGAUUGACCUAAUGGGAAGGGCCACCAGAGUAUGUUUUUGUACGUUCUUGUAACUGUCCUACUUACUCAUUUCAAUAAAAAAUUGUGGAUUUGGC